UGAGGAACAAAAAAAAGCAAAAAAUAAGAAUUUAACUUUGAAUUCAGACAAAUGAUGAUAGCAUGAAAAUUGUUUGCCUUCUCUAGUGUCUACAUCUGUGGUACUGUCAUUAAGCUAUGGAUUUCCUUAAUCCUCUGUUUGCAGGAUAUAUUCUUUUACAAGUUCUAAUCCAAAAUGUGACUUGCAAAUGGGAAGCAUCCAUGCCACUAACAUUAACUGGAAUUCAGGGCUCAUGUGUUGUUAUACCAUGUACGUUUACAUACCCUGGUCAGCAGAAGCCAUCCACUGACAUUACUACAAUUUGGUAUAAAGAUGGAAAUGAAAUUUAUGACAGCAGAACGAGUUAUACUUUAGAAGGCUCUAAAUAUCUUCUGGUUGGAGAUGUGGGAAAGAAGAAUUGUUCUUUCAAAAUUAAUAGCCUCGAAUCUGCAGAUAAAGGCAAUUAUUAUCUAAGGACAGAAAUUCAAAAUCUUGAUAAAUAUACUUAUAAAGAGACCCUCACUGCUAUUACCAUCACUGAUAAUCCAGAAGGUCCAAAAAUUAAUUUUGCAGAGGAAAUUAUUGAGAUGAAGCAAGUAAGAGCUACCUGUACAAUUAAUAAUACAUGCAGAGAUUCUCCUCCUAAAUUCAUAUGGGACCAACAAAAUGCUGCAACUGUAACAGAGAGGACCUUUCAAAAUGAAAACAUGACAGCAGUGUCCAUUCUUGAAUUCACUCCCUCUUCUAAAGAUAAUGGGAAAGUUCUGAAAUGUGAUGUUGAGUAUCCAAAUGAAAAAAGAUCAUCUACAAAUGUCACAUUAAACGUUUUAUAUAAGCCUAAAAUAAAUCAAAGUUCUGAAUGUACACUUAAUCAGACGGAGUUUACUUGCUAUUGUGAGAUUGAUUCCAAUCCGAUCCCUUCCAUAAUGUGGCAUCUUCCAGACAAGAACAUCAGUGACAACAGCACAGAUGGAACUUUCACAUCUUAUUCUUUUGUAACUGGUACCAUAAUCACAAGUGUCAUAGAAGGUCCUGCAGGGAAUAUGAAUACUAUUAGCUGUUCUGCUCACAACUAUCAGGGAUCUGCAGCAGAAGUGUUUACGAUACAACAGCGUCUGUCAGGUAAAUAUGGAUUCUGUCUUACAAGUGAGUUUGUAGACAUGGAACUCAAUUAUAUUUAA